UGUCAGUUGCUGCCCCGCAUGUAGGAGAAUGCAGACAGGAGGGGUGGAGUUCACAGCUUCUACUUUUCAGACGCUGCUCGGGCAGAAGAGCUCAUUCUGUGCCUGGUAAACAGCGGAGUUGGCACUUAUGCGUCCUGGCAUGUGAUCCCACUUUAGUUAAAUCAAUCGCCUGACUGCUGCAGCCUCCCAUUAAACUUUCCAUGCUGUUGCCCGUCCAGUGGACAGCACUUAGGGGGUUUGUCUGCAACGUAUCCGCUCCUGCUCGCUCUUCCACUGCUCUCCGUCUCUCCACCGCGGACUCUCCCGGUUCAGAGGGACUCACGCGGCUCGGGGAGCUGGCCCGGGUCUCCUGCACACAUGGAGGGAGACGUAAUGGACAAGGUGGAGGCCACAGCCACGGUGUGUGACUUCGAUCCCAUCAGUGGCAGCAUCCCGGCCACCAAGGUGGAGAUCACCGUGUCCUGCAGAAAUCUCUUGGACCGAGACACUUUCUCCAAAUCCGACCCAUUGUUGGUGUUGUACACGCAGGGCGCUGAGUGCAAACAGUGGAGAGAGUUCGGGAGAACAGAAGUCAUCGACAACACACUGAACCCGGACUUUAUCAGGAAGUACAUCCUGGACUACUUCUUUGAGGAGAAGCAAAACCUGCGAUUUGACGUGUAUGAUAUUGAUUCUAAAAGUCCAGAUCUGGCAAAGCAUCCCACCGACUUUAACGACUUUCUGGGACAGGUCCACUGUACAUUGGGAGAGAUCGUGGGCUCACCUGCCAGCCGCCUGGAGAAACCUCUCGGUGGCAUACCUGGGAAGAAAUGUGGGACCAUUAUCUUGUCUGCGGAGGAGCUGGGAAACUGCAGAGAUUACGCCACCAUGCAAUUCUGUGCCAACAAACUAGAUAAGAAGGACUUCUUUGGAAAGUCCGACCCCUUCAUGGUCUUCUACAGAAGUAAUGAGGAUGGAACGUUCACCAUCUGCCACAAGACUGAAGUGAUGAAAAACACGCUGCACCCUGUAUGGCAGCCCUUCUCCAUCCCUGUCAGAGCGCUCUGCAACGGAGACUAUGAGAGGGCAAUCAAGGCAGAGGUGUAUGACUGGGACAGAGACGGGAGUCAUGAUUUCAUUGGUGAAUUCACUACCAGCUACAAAACGCUCUGUCGAGGUCAAAACCAGUUGAACGUCCACGAGGUGGUGAAUGCAAAGAAGAAAAUAAAGAAAAAGAGAUACAUCAACUCUGGGACGGUGUCCUUGUUGUCAUUCAACGUGGAGUCAGAGCACACCUUCCUGGAUUACAUCAAAGGAGGGACUCAGAUUCACUUCACAGUGGCCAUUGAUUUCACUGCAUCAAACGGAAAUCCGUCCCAGUCUACUUCACUGCAUUACAUGAACCCUUACCAGAUGAAUGCCUAUGCUAUGGCUCUCAAAGCCGUGGGAGAGAUCAUCCAGGACUAUGACAGUGAUAAGAUGUUCCCGGCUCUGGGAUUUGGUGCUAAGCUGCCCCCUGAUGGAAGGGUCUCCCAUGAGUUCCCGCUGAAUGGCAACAUUGAGAACCCGUACUGUAACGGCAUGCAGGGGAUUCUUGACGCUUACCAUCAAAGCCUUAAGACGGUUCAGCUGUACGGACCCACCAACUUUGCUCCAGUUGUGAAUCAUGUGGCAAGCUAUGCAGCAGCAGUGCAGGAUGGGUCCCAGUACUUUGUUCUGCUCAUCAUCACUGACGGCGUCAUAUCAGACAUGGCCCAGACUAAGGAGGCCAUAGUGAAUGCAGCUAAACUCCCCAUGUCUAUCAUCAUUGUUGGGGUUGGCCAAGCUGAGUUCGAUGCCAUGGUUGAGCUGGAUGGUGAUGACAUCAGGAUUUCUUCUCGGGGGAAGUUGGCAGAGAGAGACAUUGUACAGUUUGUCCCGUUUAGAGACUACAUGGACCGCACAGGGAACCACGUGCUGAGCAUGGCGCGGCUGGUUAAAGACGUACUUGCGGAGAUCCCUGACCAAUUGAUCUCCUACAUGAAGAGCAGAGCCAUUAAACCGAACCCCGUCCCCCCCCCUUACUCGCCCGUGGACCAACCACAGACCAACCCCGUCUGAGCCCCACACACAGCUCCACGUUGUGGUGGGGCAGGGUAGAGGUGGUCAAGAACUCAAAACCGUCCUUUGGGAAGAUGGAAACUCUUUUAAGGCCAUUACGUAAAUAUUAAUUUGGCUAUACAAAAAGAUGGUAAGACUCCAAUUUGUUUUGGAGGAAUAUGCUUUGGGUGAGGCUGCAGGUGAUCAUGGAGUUUUCUCUCUCUGCGUGUUUGAGGAUGAGAGCGCUGAGAGGAGCUCGUGCUGGAGGAGCUCGUGCUGGAGGAGGUUUUAGUUGUUCGCUGUCAAACCUGUCAAAGUGGUGAUGUAAUGGAUAGCAAGUAAACCCGUAGAGAGAGCCUGUUUGAAGGCAUACAUAUUAGAAUGUGCCAGUGUGUAUCAUGUUUGUGAUACCUUUUGGAAUAGGUGUGUGUUGAACUAAGAUAUCAUAUGUAUACUAAUUUAUUUUAUUUAUUGCAGAAAUUAUUUAUUCCUUUGUGGGGGUUUUAGAUAGUGGGGAUUAAAGUCAUAUUUUCCAUGUAGUUUUCCAUCUUAUAUUUUGUGAGCAGUUCAAUACAAAUAAUCCCCAUUUCUACUUUGAUAAGGACUGUACUAUAAAAGCAUGGGAUAAAACUUAUUCAGCAGUUCAUGGAUUGUUUUCACAGAUAGAUAGUUUUGAUUGCAAGCAGUUAUGUAGAGAGCCUGCUGUAAGCUGUUUCCAUAAUGAUUUUUCAGCACCAUGUCUUAUACAUGUUUCUAAAAUGUAUAAUAACAGAAUGCACUAAUUCAGAUAUAAAGCACAAAGGUUAUUAUGGGAAAUAAGCGCAACAUUUUUUGUUUAAAGGAUACAACACCUAUCACAAUGAAAGUAAUGGAAGGCACCACACAAGUUAUUUUAAACUGGAUGAAACAGGAAGAAUGUUUAUAAGAAAAUACUAUUCAGAUGUAUUAAAAUUAACAUAUAUUUAAUCACAAAAACAGUAUGUUUACAGAAAAUAGAUGAGUAACUCUAUGCACAUACUUGCUCUCCCUGUUUGUUUGCAGAAGAAAUGAUAAUCCAUGACAUAGCACAUUUGUCAUCUCGCUGUUUGUGUUUUCCAUUAUAUUUGUUGUUACGUUUCACUCUCUGGGAUUUUGCUCUGAAGUGAACACACAUUCAAAAGACCAAUGUCUACUAAUACAUUUGUUUCCCUGUAAAGAAAAAAAUCAAACAAUCACAAAUCUUGCAUGAGAUAUUUGGGCGUUGAUUGAAAAAAACGGAUUGCAAAAAACAGAAACGGCUGUGUUUUACUUUACAAAUGUAUUGACUGUUCACAGAUUUGUUUUACACUUGUGCUCAGAAGUUAAUUUUCUAGGCUAUUGAGAUACCAUUUUAAUACCUAAGAUACAAUUUCAUUAUCUAGUUCUACAAUUGAAUUCAAGUCAGCUGUUGAUAUAUUCAUAUUUGUUCUCUGAAUUGUUUUCAAAGAGAAUGACAGCCAUUGUGGCUCAGUUGUGUACAUCAUAUCUAUUAAUAAUGGCCAUUGUUUCCAUUCAUAUCUCUUUGUCACUCAAUAUCUCAAUCCAAAUGUGCCUAUUAUAUGGAAACAUAUCCAAAUUCAGUUACCCAGGUGUCAUUCUGCCGGCAGCAGCAGGUCUCAUAUUUAAGAUGUACACACGGAAAAUGUUGGCGAUAAAAACUGUUGCAAGAUUAGGAUUCUUACAAACUAUCACAUACUGUCUCAACUACUGUCCUGUACUUUUUAUACUAACAGCUCUUCACUUUGGGUCUAAAACAAUGAGAGUUAAAAGUGUUGCUAAGCCUUGUUGUCCAAUAUUUCAAAGUCAAGACUUGUUUACAACUCAACUGUGGCUGUUCACAUUGCCUCAUGGAAAAAGGAAACAUUCAUGAGUUUUAUUUUGAAGUGAGUUUAUAGUUGAGUUGUGCAUUAUUCAGUCUUGUUUGUGCUCGUAAUGAGUUUAAUUGAAUAAUACUGGAGAACUAACGUUUACAAAAAGUUGUUGAGAUGUUCACACAGACUUCUCACUGUUGUUGUUACAAUACUUUGUUUUGUGUUGAGAGCAAAUGUGUUACCAUUGUUAACUGCAUACUGUUCUCCGACUCCCGUUACUUUAGUGCUCUCACCGAUAAAAUGACAUCCUUUGUUACUGCAGAAACUCCAGAGGAAGUGAACUCCUUCGCUCACAGGCCCAGAUCCAUAUUUUACUUUUUUUUCGUUUUUAAUCUUGGAUGACGUUUUUCCUUCAGAAACAAAGCAGUGUUUGAUCUGUUGCCAAAUUCAGUUGUUGCAGUGAAAUGAGGCCAUUGCGUUUAAGCACAUACAUGACAUAAAUACCAGAAUACCUCUACAGAAAGCCAUUCAGCCAAAAUAAAAUCAUAAACAUACAUUUAUUACAUUUCUUAUGACAUAUAUAUUCAAUGAAAUACUAUAAUGUAAUGACUUGUAUAGCUGUUAUAUUUUGACUUUCCAAGUACUGUAAACACUUCAAAUUUCACUUCAUAGGAUAAUCAUAACUCACAGUAAAAUGAAUGAGGACAUCAUUUUGCGGACAAUAAAAGUCAGCAUCAGCAUGCAGCGUACAGUAUAUACUGUGAGUGUGAUAGCAAACCCUUGUGAGAGUCAAUAAGAUAAUGUGGAGUUGGCCCUGUAUGAUGUGUGCACUUUCUGUCAUAUUUCCUCUAUUAAUACUACAUGGCUUUUGAGCCCUUCUACUAAAAUUAUUUUAAAAACUAUACUCCCCCGCCAUCUGUGAGUUUUCCUCCACAGGGAAAUUUAAAAAACGACUACCCCUCAGUACUAAACAAAUAAUCAAUGAAAAUGAAAGGAGCACAGUAAUGACACACUUAUGCAAUUGUGAAACAGAGUUAUAAUGAAAUAUAUUUUUCAGUCUAAAUGAUGUCUUUCCAACAAUUCAAUUUACAUAUUUUCUCUCUGUGGAAAUGGCUUUGAUUAUCUUUUAAUUUAAUAUUUUCUUUGAGGCUAAACUAUUUAAUUAUGUACAUAAGCCCCGAAUGAAGAAUAUGAAAUGCCAAAAUGUGUUCAGUUGUUGAACUUAGCCUCUUUAGACAAUAUGUGCAUGUUUGUGCCACAAUGGCAGGAGGUUUGGUCGUCUACCUUUAUUUCACCUGAUUAGUGCAUCCGCCACGUGCUUAGUUUGUUACUUGGGAUGGUAUUUAGAGAUAACAGUCACCUCCAGCAUGUUGCAUCUCUGGUUUCUUUCCAUUCUGUUCCUAUACGACACUUUCUGUAUGGGAUGUUCUUUCCACUACUCCUGUUUUAUCCCAGGUUGUUUACAUACCUCUCUUGGUCUCUGACUUGCAUGCUGAAUAAUUUCCAAACCAGGUGUUGGACAUGAUAUUGUCGUCAUACUGUGGUUUGUGAAAUGCUUUGUAAUGGAUUGCCUUAACUGAAGAUUAAUAAAAUAUUGACAACUUUGGCAGAAUGCAA